CGAGAUGCGCAGUUCUCCUUGCUCAUAUUCGACGAAUGUCAUCACGCCAGAAAGAACCAUCCAUACAGCCAGAUAAUGCGCGAGUAUAUCGAAACACGCGUGGACCUGCGUCCCAAGAUAUUUGGCAUGACUGCCAGCCCUGUGUGGGACGUCAAGAACGUGCAGAAAUCGCUUGCAGAUCUUGAGAGGACGCUCGACGCGAAAGUGGUUGCGGUGCGGGCAAAUGCGGAGGAAUUGAUAUCCCAUGCUCCUACAGCGGUAGAGGUCAUCAAACGUUUCUCGCCUUCGCCCCUGCACUACGACGGGUUCCCCGUUCCUACACUUUGGGACUACAUCUCGGUCUUCGAAAGGACCUUUUUGGAUUCAGGAGUCAACUGGGA